GCUGGGUACCAACUGCUACAAGCACCAUGAUAUGUCUCAACGACCUAAAAACAUCAGUGCCUUUACUUCAGCCCUGCACCGUAAGCUUCUAGUAUACAUUGUUGAAUAAUCGAUCGGAAAUAAUAACUAAUUCUAAAAGAUGACGCAAACAUAUACUUUUGACGUGAAAUGUUUGGCUGAUGCAUCCUGCUUCUUUUCCUUAAUUUUAUUGGCAACUUAAAUCGAGGGCCGGGCCAUCACCGUCUCAGAAAUGAUCGAUUUUCGAAAGCAUUUCUAAAGUAGCCAGAAAAGCCUAAGAAAAGGCGAAUCAAUCAAUCACAGGAGAAACUACCAUUUGAAUGGCGAAACGGUCAACUGGCACCCCAAUUGAGAAAGCUUUGACAAUCGAUUGGAAACUAUAGUAGUGGCUUAUUUAUGCAACGAAGCAAGUGCGUAUUAGUUGUGUAGGCUAAUCGUACUACGUUCAAAAUGCAUUAUAACAUGAUAACGAAAAUGUGUACAUCUUCACAAAGCUUGAUCUACUGAUAUAAAAGAGCGGCCGUGCCGUUUAUGAACACUAGUCAAUUACAGAACGAUUGACUGAAAAGGGUGAUCAGCAAAAUUUUGAGUUCCCGAUAGAAUGCACCUCUACUCGCUCAUUUGCGCCAUUUUCUGCAUCUUUGCUCUAGAAUGUCAUGGUCAACAAUACACCUUCAGAGAGGAUCCCGUGCUUCCUUAUUGUGGAGGCAGAGGAAGUAACCAGGUGGACGUCCGUGGCAACCGCAAUCAGCGCCGAGAAGCUGAAAGAAUUAUAGCAGCUUUUAAAGGAGAUUAUUUUGCGUGUAAAGAGAGAGCAGGAACACUCAUUAAAAACGAAAACGUUCGCAUCGACCUGCAAGACGCAGCUGGAGGGUUUGAAAGAGAUGGCAAACGUUGGCGUAAUUUACAACUGCAGAAAAAUGGACCUAGAACUGAGGGUUAUCCAUCCACUGUCGCUACGGUUUUGAUAGAGUGCAAUAAACCAUUUCCUAUCCGCCUGGUACGAAAAGCUUUUGUGGACAGCAUGACCAAAUGUGCUAUGAUUUGGUUGAGUCAAUAAAAAACAAAAAAAGUC